GCAGUGUCUCAGGGUGCAGAGGGGCCUGGGGCAGCCUGCUGUCCUCCCUGCGUGGUCCUCUGUGGGAGGGGCGCAGAAGCACGUGGGGCUCGCCUCUCAUUCUGAGACAGCUUACGUGUUAGCAAGUUCUCCUGGGAAAGUGGCUGUUAACGCCACACCCACCUCGCGGGUCUGUGGCGCCCCAGCCGGAGCCCACAGAUGUGUCUGCACACAGCUGACACUGACUUCAGACUUCCUGCUGGAAGCCAAGGAUGUGUUUUCUGUGGCUUUAGAAGUUUGCCCUGCUUCAGAGAACGGGAGACAGAUCCCGCUGAGGGAGAGCAGGCCCGGGUGUGCCGUGGAGCAGGCCAGGGAGCCCGGACGAGCCACUCGGCCUAGACUGCCCUGCGCUCCAGGCACGAGGCUGGGCGAGGCCGUGAGAGAUCCAGAAUAAUGGCAUUGGGGUCCCCAGUGAGCCCCAUUAGCGGGAUUAUUCACUAACGAAGUUCAUAAUUAAUAGCUCCCUCCCAGUGUUCAAAGCAUCCAACCUUUAAAAAUCCCCCAUCCCUUAAGUAUGAACCCGUAACGAGGACAUGGAGGGAAAACCUCAGAUCCAGAUGGCGGCCAGGACACGCACCUGAGGCAGCAGGAAGAAAGCCCCCUGUCAGUAGCAUGUACGUGCAGCCGGGGGAGAGUACGGGGAACCGGGACAGGAGCAGGAAGCCCGUAAGACAUUCAGAAAUCCCGGAAGAAUGGCUGGCGCUGUGACUUGGCAGGUAACGGUGGCACCUAUGGUGCCGGCAUCCCGUGCGGGCGCUGGCUCGAGUCCCGGCUGCUCCACUUCCGAUCCCGCUCCUUGCUAACGGCCUGGGAAAUGCAGGGGAAGAUGGUGUAAGUGUUUAGACCACUGCCACACACGUGGGAAGUCCAGACGUAACUCUUGGCUUCAGCCUGGCCUGGCAUUGGCUGUUGUGGCUAUCUGGGGAGUGAACCAGUAGGUGGAAGAUCUCUCUCUCUUUUCCCCUCCAGAACUGACUUUCAAAAAUAAAUAAAUCAAAAAAAAAAAAAAAAAAAAAAAAAAAAAAAGGAACUCCAAGAAGAGAAUUCUUGUAUAUUAAAAAAACAAAACAACACAAAACAAAAAAACAGGCCGGCGCCACAGCUCACUAGGCUAAUCCUCCGCCUGUGGCACCAGCACACCGGGUUCUAGUCCCGGUCAGGGCGCCGGAUUCUGUCCCGGUUGCCCCUCUUCCAGGCCAGCCCUCUGCUGUGGCCCGGGAAGGCAGUGGAGGAUGGCCCAAGUGCUUGGGCCCUGCACCCCAUGGGAGACCAGGAAAAGCACCUGGCUCCUACCUUCGGAUCAGCACGGUGUGCUGGCCGCGGCAGCCAUUGGAGGGUGAACCAACGGCAAAGGAAGACCUUUCUUUCUCUCUCUCUCUCUCUCUCUCUCUCUCACUCACUCACUGUCUACCCUGCCUGUCAAAAAAAAAAAAAAAAUUUAAAAAAAACAAAAACCCACAGAAAAUAACUUGUGGUUGGCAUUGUGGCACAGCAGGUCGGGCUGCCGCCCGCGACACCAGCAUCCCGAACGGGAGAGACGCGGCAGGCCUGGCUCGCUGCUUCUGACCCAGGCCCUGCUGAGGUGCCUGGGGAAGCAGCAGAUGAUGGCCCAAGGAUUGGGUUCCUCCAACCCACUGUGGGAGACCCAGAUAGAGCUUGGCCCAGCCUGGACAUCUGGGGAUGGAAGAGUGCUCUGUCUCUCCCUGCCUUUCAAGUAACCAGAUAAACGGAAACUCGCAGGUCAGAGUUGAGUAACUCUUAGGAAGUAGGACAGAAAAUGAGACCAAAAAGAAGAAAAGUUCAGUGUCCGAGCAGGUCAGCAGUCAGUGGUAAGAGGUGUAGCCAGCAGAGAGGGCACGGGCCGAGAUCAGCCCCAGGAGACUGCCCGGGUUGCAGGCGUGCACCGGGAGCGUGGGCUCCCUUCCCUCCCUGCUCCCUUGGCCUCUGGGUUUGGCUGCUGCGGAGGCUGGAUCGGGAGGGAGGCGGAGCUUCCCAGAGACGCUUGGCAAGGGUUGGGGACGCCAGACUUACUGGAGAGUGUGUCUGAGGCCGGCUGGGGAGAGGCACCUGCGGCCCGCUGUUGGGGCGUUUCAGAACUCCGGGACGAAGGAGGUGGUGGAGGCUUCUAGGAAAAGUGGAAACAGAUCACCACAGGCCAAGAAGCAGGGCCGUGGACCCCUCCCCAGCCCCCCGGGGGCGGGUCCUUGCUGUCAGAAUCCUGAAGCAGCGUGUUCAACCUUGAACUGUGUGUUCCGGCGAGGACCUUCCCAGAGGCCCCCGAAACUUGCCUCACAGGUAGUUCCAGGAGGCUCCUGCACGCAAUGUCCCCCCUCCCUGUGAAGCUGAAGUGAGAGAGGUUCCAGGCGGGCGGCCCGGCCCCCGGCCCAGGGCCAGGAUGGCCAAGACCCAGCUCUUCCGGCUGUGGCUGGUGCUGGGCUCCGUGCUCACGGUCCUCCUCAUCAUCGCCUACUGGGACAACGUGGGCGCCACGCACUUCUACCUGCACACUUCCCUGUCCAGGCCGCACCUGCUGGAGCCCCUCCCCACGGCUGGGCAAGGGGCCGAGAAGGAGCUCGGGCCGGGCGUCGAUGACUUCUUGGGUAAGCUCUUCGGUUCUGGCGCGAAGCAGAACGACCCCUCCAGGAAAGAGCCGGAGCGGCCGCCGGUACCGGGCUCCCUGGAGGAGAGCGUGCGGGGCUACGACUGGUCCCCGCACGGCGCCCAGCACAGCGCCGACCAGGGCCGGCAGCAGGCCGCCAGGAGGAGCGUGCUGCGGGACUUCUGCGCCAACUCCAGCCUGGCCUUCCCCACCAAGGGGCGCUCGUUCGACGACAUCCCCAACUACGAGCUGAACCACCUCAUCGUGGACGACCGCCACGGCGUCAUCUACUGCUACGUGCCCAAGGUGGCCUGCACCAACUGGAAGCGCGUGAUGAUGGUGCUCAGCGGGAGCCUCUCGGACCGCGGCGCCCCCUACCGCGACCCCCUGGCCAUCCCCCGCGAGCGCGUGCACAACGCCAGCGCCCACCUGACCUUCAACAAGUUCUGGCGGCGCUACGGCAAGUUCUCGCGGCACCUCAUGAAGGCCAAGCUGAAGAAGUACACCAAGUUCCUGUUCGUGCGCGAGCCCUUCGUGCGCCUCAUCUCCGCCUUCCGCAGCAAGUUCGAGCUGGAGAACGAGGAGUUCUACCGCAAGUUCGCCGUGCCCAUGCUGCGGCUCUACGCCAACCGCACCAGCCCGCCCGCCUCCGCCAGCCAGGCCUUCCGCGCCGGCCUCAAGGUCUCCUUCGCCAACUUCAUCCAGUACCUGCUGGACCCGCUCACCGAGAGGCUGGCGCCCUUCAAUGAGCACUGGCGGCAGGUGUACCGCCUGUGCCACCCGUGCCAGAUCGACUACGACUUCGUGGGCAAGCUGGAGACGCUGGACGAGGACGCCGCCCAGCUGCUGCGGCUGCUCAAGGUGGACACGCGCCUGCACUUCCCCCCGAGCUACCGGAACAGGACCGCCAGCAGCUGGGAGGAGCACUGGUUCGCCCAGAUCCCCCUGGCCUGGAGGCAGCAGCUCUACAAACUCUACGAGGCCGACUUCGUCCUCUUCGGCUACCCCAAGCCCGAAAACCUGCUCAGAGACUGAGCGCGUGGCCGCCCCGGCACCUGCUGCCCGCCCCCGCGGCGACCCCGCCCAGCCGCGCCUGCGCCAUCCGGAGAGCCGGCACCCAGCACGCUCGCUGCAGUCUGACCUAACCCGCGCCCUGCGGUCCGGACGCGCCGUUCACUCCGCUGCCUAGCCACUCAGUACUGUGUUGAUAAUGUUUUUUUUUUUUUAAGAUUAAUAUAUUUCAGAUAUUUAAUACGAGAGGGGAGGGGGUGCUGGAUAAAGUGUGGCGUCUGCCCUUUC